UGUCCCAGAUUCAGUAGGCCUUUGUUAAACUUAAGUUCAUAUAAUAUAUCUUUUUUUUUUUUUUAAGUAAAUAUUGAAUAUGUCCGGCCCUCGACUUGGACGCAGUUUUGAAUUUUGGCCCUCUGUGUAUUUGAGUUUGACACCCCUGCUUUAAAGGCUGGGGAGUGACUGACUGCUCCCAUUCAGAGGAUGCUGGUGUGGUGUGUGAUGUUGAUCCAGCUUUUAACAACACCAAGAGCUACCCUCUGGAUCACAGCAUUGAGCUCUCUGGCCAGCUGGGGGAGCUGUUUGACAGUGGCAAGGGGUAUGUGAUUUCACCCUCACAUUCUCCUACCCCCCGGAAGAUUCACUGGAAGUGGAGACGCUUGAGGCCCCUGCUGACAACACUAAAGAGAGUGUCUGUGUGCACAGCCUGGUUCUCUCUCUCUUCCCAACAUUUGUCACCAACAACUCAAUCUAUGAAAUGGACAUCAGCUUGAACUGCCAACCUUUCAUCAGGAACUUCAUACGGUACCUCUACACACGCAGUAUCACAGUCACCUCCGCCUCCAUGCAGUGUCUUCAUCAGCUGGCUUCUGAGUUUGGCGCAGAGCGUCUGAUGGAGGACAUUGGACGUCUCUUUGUGCCCCUGCUGCCUGAGGAUUCCUCCUUCCGCACGCAGGUGGCGCUGUUCAGGUACGCUGGGCGGUCCGGUGUUGGCCUGCUCCUUGAGAAUGCCUUGCGCUACCUGGGCUGGAAUGUGGAGCCGCUGGUAGCUUCAGCCCAGUGGGUGAGCCUUCCAGAGGAGCUCCUGAAGGGUCUGCCGGUCCGCUCAGACCUGGUGCUGCCGGACGAGGCCUGGCUGCUGGGUGCGCUGGAUGCCUGGAUGCUGGCACAAGGUGAGGAGGUGAACCCUGAGCAGCAGGCAGCUCUGCUGGGUCACGUGCGUUUCCCCAUGAUAACCCCAGUGCAGCUGUACGAGAUGCCCUUCACCUCCCUUCACCUCCCGCCUCUACAGCAGCCACAAAGAGCUGUUCCACUCUGCCAUUCUACUGGGGUUCCAGUUCCACGCACUGAACUUCUCCGCUCUGACUGGGCAUGA